CUUAAAGAAAAACUCACAUUUAUAAACUUAAAAAAGCAAAACGGUAAGAUAGUCAACUGCAAUGCGCCUUUACGGUCAAAGACCUCAAGUCUGUCCUUCAGCAGCUCACUAAUGUCCUCCCUGGCGACCAAAAACUCAUCUCUAAAGGUUUUACUCGUUUUCCCGGUCCAUUCAAUUCUACACUUCGUAUACGUAAUUUCUUGUGCAUUUGCGGAUAUAGGGAAAAUUCUUGUUGACGAGAUGACAUUUAGGUCCUCCAAAGUUGACGAUGGCUCGAAGAUCAUGCUCAUACCACCCGAGGUUCUACAAUUUUCACUAGCGGCAAGGAAAUCUGCCGCUCUAUUGACUUGAUGAUCGAUCUUCUUUAUUGUCCAGUUGAGUUGCUUGAGCUUCUUUUUAGUUGUAUGAAUUCAUGACCAGCAUUCCCAAUGUUGGAUUGAGUGACCUGUGAUGCCUUCAUGAAUGUCCUUGUUGUCUACUUCAAAAAUAACAUUUGUUAAAUUAGUAGUGCAGAGAUAUGGAAUGAUACUGAUAAUAGCAUCAUAAAGAGCCAGGUUGAGGUUUUUGUGGGUACGCAUAUUGGUUGAUGACCAAUAUAAGAGUAGUGUCAUAUAACAGACCAGAAUUAUAUUAUGAGCUCACUUGGUAAUGUCGAAA